AUGAGUGGAUAAAUUUCUUCUUCUGAAUCAGAGGAAACCUCGUUUAUAUAAACUGAAUAAGAACGAAUUCUCAAGAGUUCCAAUAUUUUCAAGUAGAAAGAAUAAUGCAACAACAUUUGUGCGAAGCAUCCAAACAAAAAAGCAAAAUAUUAUGUUCAAUCUGAUAACAGCAGAUUAUUUUGUUCAAAAUGCGCUUUGAAUUUGGCCUUGAAGGGAUUAAAAAUAGAGGAAACCUUAGAGAAGCAACCAGAAAUUUAUAGAUAAUAAAGAAUAUAGAGAUUUUAAGAAUAGUUAAGUGAGGUUUUGAAAUAAUGCUCAAAUAAACUCUUUUAGUUAAGAAACAUAGAGAUGAAUUCGUCAAAGCAAUUAAUGGAAUAAAAAGAGAACUGUCAAAAGUUCUUUGAAUCUGUUAUCAAUACUGCAAAUUAAUUGAAACUUACGUAUUUGUCUAAAUUUGAAACUGAUCACAUUACUUAGUUGAAUUAAAUCACAGAGAAAAUAAGUUUAGUUUAAUAAAUUGAUACUUAAUUGAAAUAAUAUGAAAUUGAUAUAUCUAAGAAUCAUGAGAACAUAGUGAAACACAUGGAAAUGAAACCAUUUGAAGAUAUAAUGAAUAGAUAUGAAAAAAGAGUUUCAUAAACAAAAGAAUAACUUCAAGAAUUCAAUUAGGAAUAUUUCCAAAAAUCAAUUAAAUUUGAGAAUAAUCAAAUAUUAGCUGACAUGAAUAAGAUGUGUUAUAAUUUAUUACUGAAAAGCGAAGACUCCUCUGAGUAAGCACCCAAACAAAUCAAACUUGAAACUAGUCCAAAAAUAUUACAAAAAACCACUAAUUCCCCUGUGGAUAUGAAAGUCUUUGAAUUAUUGGAAGGUGAAGACAUUUACUAAAGUACUUGCUCAAAUCCAAUUAAGGAUCACAUAUAAUCACCAGUUAAAAUAUCAACUCAACUAUAACAAUAGUAAAAAUCAAAAGUGAAUACAUAUUCUAAUCCAGGAUCUACUAUACAGAAUUCAAGAAGGGAGAGUAAUGCUAAUACUCCAGAAAGCUGGCAAUUCAAGGCCUGUUUAGAUAGGAAAAAUCAUUAAGUGACUCCAAAUGAUAGAGAAAGCUUCAAACACAAUAUCAGUGUGGGAGAUUAAACCAGUAAUGUUUAAUAUCUCAACAACUAAUUUGAAUUAAAUGAAAGGCAUUUCAAUUAACAAAAUGAGAAGUAAAAAACUAUAAUUGAAGGGGAGAGACUAGAUGAAAAGUCAAAUUAAUUAUUAAUCAAUAACAUUAAUUAGUUAUAUAUCUAAAAAUAAACAAAGGAUACUGAGAGAAAAAGUGUGGAAGAUCGAGAAUUUACACCGAAACAUCAGAAGAACUUAACAACUGCAAUUCCAUAAACUUUUAAGUUAUUGACCAAUCAUGCAAGUCAAAAAUCUUAAUAUCAGUAUCCUUUAGUAAAUAACAACUUAUUAGAAUAAAAGAGCUAAAAAGAAUUUUCUAAAACUAAUUAUGAUUCAUAACCAUAAUAGAAAUCUCUGACUCCCCUUCAUUAGGAACCCUAGUCAAGGAUGAAUAAUCAAUAGAAUCAUAAAUAGGAUAACCGCAGAUCCAAUUCAAAAUAACCUAAAUAGCCUUCUUUAGAUUAAAUAGAUGGAAAGCGACAAUUUAUACUUGCAAAUAUGAACAUCUAAUAGUAAUACACUUCGUAACCUACUGCAAGUGAAGACACUUUGAAAGAUAGGAUUCUAAAGGAGUUAUGCAGUCAUCCCGGAGAAUCGGUUUAUAAUCAGGUGUUAAAAUUGAAUUGCUAAUAAAAAUUGAAGAAUUAAAAAUAAAUAUCUAAAGAGAACUUUGAAUAGUCAACAACAGUUAGAAUGAAAAAUGCGAAUGGAUACUUGUGCAUUAAAAAGCAAUCUUAUUAAUAAUGA